AUGAGAUCCUUGAAAGACGACGACGACAACCAGAUCCAAUCCGCGGUCGACCCAAAACCCGUCUCCAACCAAUCCACUUGCUCCAGUCAUAAACUUCAUGAAGAUCUUUUUUCACCCGAGGAACUCAAUGCCUGCGAUCGCGAGGUAACCGAUCCUGAAUCGGAAAAGGAUCCCUUGAUGAAAGCAUCCAUUCAACUCAAGAUCGUCAUUCUCAUUUGUAUGCUGGCACUGCCUGUGGGAUGCCAUUAUCUUGAGGCGACAAUGGGAACAUUGAAAACAACAUUGAAGCACAAAAUGCAUAUCAAUAAUACAGAAUUCAGUAUUCUCCUGUCAUCGGUCUCGUUGGUCAAUACGGUGCUGCCGUUGCUGGCCGGUACUUUUAUCGAUGAUGUGAGUCACCUAGGGUCCAUCCGUGCAACCACCAUAGUCAGUAUGGUUAUUUUCAUUGGCAGUCUCCUUGUUUCAAUUGCCGGAAUCCGUAACAGCUAUCCAAUAAUGAUCACUGGCCAGAUAAUCUAUGGUCUCGGGGGCGGAAUGAUUGUUACUAUGCAAGAAGGCAUUCUCAGUCGAUGGUUCCGGGACAGACAACUGGCCAUUGUUAUUGGCAUCUUGUUAUGCAUUGCUCGGCUCACCAAGUGGGCGGCAAAAAUGGUCUGCUAUCCUAUUAUUUCAGCAACCGGAUCGGAUGUUUUGCCGAUCCACGUCGCCACCAUGCUAUGCGCGAGUGGGGUGGUCAUGAAUGCGGUUUAUUGGAUGAUCAUGUACAAGAACGGGUGGGCGACCGUCACUGGCAAAGAAAUUGUUCAGGUCAAAGCCAAAUACCGUAACCAAUUCAAACGCACAGAAAAGGACAACUCGUCUUCGAUAAUCACCAAUUCUUUCCGCUGGUCGGCCUCCCUCUUCCUGUACAUUCCCGCCACUUUCUGGAUGGUGCCUUGGGUUCAACUCAUCAUGUCCAGUGUCCUGAGCAGUUUCGAUGAUAUCGCCACUGAGUUUGUGCAGUUUCGCUUCCAAACAACCAGCAUCAUGGCCGGGUAUCAAAGUAGUUUAACUCAAGUGGUCCCCAUUGUCGCCGCACCUGUCAUGGGAGUCAUUGUUCACCGCUUUGGCAAGCGGUUGACAAGCUUGCUGUUUGCCACCUUUGUCUUGACCGCGUCGAUGGUUUGCUUGGCGUAUACAUGGGCUCCGCCUGCCGUGGGGAUGAUUCUGUUCUCACUUGCUUUGGCCUUGGGUCCUGUUUCCGUGCUGAGUUCGACUUCGUUGCUUCUGCCGCAUGAACUCGCCGGGACCGGCAUGGGUCUUCACAAAUGUGCCAAUAAUAUCGGCACAACCAUCGUCUCUGUCAUUGUAGGGUACGUGCAGGAUUUAACCUAUCAUGAUGGCGACCCUCAUGAUGAUCAAGCGGACCUUCGGCAAGAAUACCAUGGCGUCAUGAUAUUCUACCUUGUCAUGGCCGGCUGUUCAAUUUUGGUGGUGGCGAUUUUCUGGAUGAUGGAUCGAAAACUGCUGAACGGCUGGCUUCAAGCCGACAAGAAGGAACGCGAUCGACGUCUCAGGUGUGUUCAGCAACUGCAAGAAGAAGAAGCCAAACAAUACCGGUACGGCCCAGCCUACGAAUCGAAAUCCACCGAGAUUUCCGCUCAACUUCAAGGCAUCGGUUCUCAACUUCGUGAACGCAAGUCGUAUGUGUAUGUGUCCAUUUACUCAUUCUGGCUCGUCGCAUCCUGGGCCGUCUUCCUUACCUUUGCCUUGAUGCCUAUAUACCAACAUUAUUCAUGA